AUGCUCCGUGCAGAGGCACUGGUGCUCCUGGGAGCUCUACUGAGCGGACUCCUGGAUCCAGCCGGCGGCCAGGACGCAGUCUCACUGCCCUGGGAAGUGCAGCGCUAUGAUGGCUGGUUCAACAACCUGAAGCACCACGAUCGUGGCGCUGCGGGCUGUCGACUGCAACGCCUUGUACCAGCCAAUUACGCGGACGGCGUGUAUCAGGCUCUGGGGGAGCCGCUACUACCCAACGCGCGCCGACUCAGCGACGCCGUUAUGCGGGGCCGAGCCGGGCAGGCAUCCCUCCGCAACCGCACGGUGCUGGGGGUCUUCUUUGGCUACCACGUGCUCUCUGACCUGGUGAGUGUAGAGAGACCCGGCUGCCCCGCUGAGUUUCUCAACAUCCGAAUCCCUUCGGGAGACCCUGUGUUCGAUCGUGACAAGAGCGGGGACGUGGUGCUGCCAUUCCAGAGGAGCCGCUGGGACCCCAAGACCGGACGGAGCCCCAGCAACCCCCGGGACGUGACCAACGAGGUGACCGGCUGGCUGGACGGCAGCGCCAUCUAUGGCUCUUCACACUCCUGGAGCGACGCGCUGCGGAGCUUCUCCGGGGGGCAGCUGGCGUCGGGGCCCGACCCCGCCUUCCCCCGGGACGCCCAGGACCCCCUGCUCAUGUGGACCGCGCCAGAUCCCGCCACGGGACAGCGCGGGCCCCGGGGGCUGUACGCCUUCGGGGCGGAGCGAGGGAACCGCGAGCCCUUCCUGCAGGCGCUGGGCCUGCUCUGGUUCCGCUACCACAAUCUGUGGGCGCAGAGGCUGGCCCGCGAGCACCCGCGCUGGGGGGACGAGGAGCUGUUCCAGCACGCGCGCAAGAGGGUCAUCGCCACCUACCAGAACAUCGCUUUGUAUGAGUGGCUACCCAGCUUCCUGUGGAAAACACCCCCGGAAUAUACAGAGUACCGUCCUUUCCUGGACCCCAGCAUCUCCCCGGAGUUCCUGGUUGCCUCGGAACAGUUCUUCUCCACCAUGGUGCCCCCUGGCGUCUACAUGAGAAAUGCCAGCUGUCAUUUCCAGAAGAUCUCAAAUGAGGGUUUUGACAGCUCCUCAGCUCUCAGAAUCUGCAACAGCUACUGGAUUCGGGAGAACCCCAAUCUGAGCAGUGCCCAGGCAGUGAAUCAGCUGCUGCUGGGAAUGGCCUCCCAGAUUGCAGAGCUGGAGGACAGGAUAGUGGUUGAAGAUCUGAGGGAUUACUGGCCUGGCCCUGGCAAGUUCUCCCGCACAGACUAUAUGGCCAGCAGCAUCCAGCGUGGACGAGAUAUGGGACUGCCCAGCUACAUCCAAGCCCUGCUUGCCUUGGGGUUAGAGGCCCCGAGGAACUGGAGUUAUCUCAACUCCAACGUGGACCCCCAGGUGCUGGAGGCCACAGCUGCCCUGUACAACCAGGACCUGUCCCGGCUGGAGCUGCUCCCUGGGGGGCUCCUGGAGAGCCAUGGAGACCCCGGACCCCUCUUCAGCACCAUAGUCCUUGACCAGUUUGUGCGGCUGCGGGAUGGCGACCGUUACUGGUUUGAGAACACCAGGAAUGGGCUUUUCUCCAAGGAAGAAAUUGCAGAAAUCAGAAACACCACUAUGUGGGAUGUGCUGGUGGCUGUCACCAAUGUGGACCCCAGUGCCCUGCAGCCCAAUGUCUUUAUCUGGCAUGAAGGUGCCCCCUGCCCUCAGCCCCAGCAGCUCACAACCGAAGGCUUGCCACCCUGUGUACCCGUGACUGUGUUUGACUAUUUCGAGGGCAGUGGUCCUGGUUUUGGUAUCACCAUUGUGGCUCUCUGCUGUCUUCCGCUAGUGAGUCUGCUUAUCUCUGGGGUGGUGGCCCAUUUCCGGAGCCGAGAACGCAAGAAGCUACAAAAGAAAGACAAAGAGAACAUGAAGAAGGAAGCAGCCAAAGAUGGAGUGCCAGCGAUGGAGUGGGCAGGCCCUAGGGAGAGGAGCUACCCCAUCACCGUCCAGCUGCUCCCAGACAGCCGUCUGCAGGUCCUGGACAGGAGUCUCUCUGUGCUGCGCACCGUCCAGCUGCGGCCCCCACAGCAGGUCAACCUCAUUCUGUCCAGCAACCGUGGACGCCGCACCCUGCUGCUCAAGAUCCCUAAAGAGUAUGACCUGGUGCUGCUGUUUAACUCCGAGGAGGAGCGAGGCAGCUUCGUGAAGUAUCUGCAGGGCUUCUGUGUGCAGUGGGCUCUGGGCCUCAAUGUGGCUGAGAUGGGCGAGAAGGAGCUGUUCAAGAAGGCUGUGACCAAGCAACAACGGGGCCGCAUCCUGGAGGUCUUCUUCAGGCACCUCUUUGCCCAGGUGCUGGACAUUAACCAGGUGGAUGCAGGGACCCUGCCCCUGGAGUCCUCACAGAAAGUGCGAGAGGCCCUGACAUGUGAGCUGAGCAGGGCUGAAUUUGCCGAGUCCCUGGGCCUCAAGCCCCAGGACAUGUUUGUGGAGUCCAUGUUCUCUCUGGCUGACAAAGACGGCAAUGGCUACUUGUCCUUCCGGGAGUUCCUGGACAUCCUGGUGGUCUUCAUGAAAGGCUCCCCAGAGGACAAGUCCCGUCUGAUGUUCACCAUGUAUGACCUUGAUGAAAAUGGCUUCCUCUCCAAAGAUGAGUUCUUCACCAUGAUGCGGUCCUUCAUCGAGAUCUCCAACAACUGCCUGUCCAAGGCCCAGCUGGCCGAGGUGGUGGAGUCCAUGUUCCGGGAGUCAGGCUUCCAGGACAAGCAAGAGCUGACGUGGGAGGACUUCCACUUCAUGCUGCGGGACCAUGACAGCGAGCUCCGCCGCACGCAGCUCUGCGUCCGAGGUACAGGUGGAGGUGUUAAAGACAUCUUUAAACCAAACAUCAGCUGUCGAGUUUCAUUCAUCACUCAGACUCCUGGGGAACGCUCCCGCUUCCAGGGAGUGGGGCUCCCUGCCUCAGACACCCCAGAGCUGGGAGGCCCUGGACUGAAGAAGAGGUUUGGCAAAAAGGUGGUGGUGCCCUCUCCCCGGUUGUAUACAGAGGCGCUGCGGAAAAAGAUGCAGCGGGGUCUCCUGGCCCAGAAGCUGCAGGAGUACAAGCGCUUCGUGGAGAACUACCUGCGGCACAUCAUGUGCGUUGCAGUCUUCUCAGCCAUCUGUGCCGGCCUGUUUGCAGAGCGUGCCUACUACUAUGCCUUUGCCUCCCCACCCUCGGGCAUCGCAGAGACCACCUUUGUGGGCAUCAUCCUAUCGCGGGGCACAGCAGCCAGCAUCUCCUUCAUGUUCUCCUACAUCCUGCUCACCAUGUGCCGUAACCUCAUCACUUUCCUACGAGAGACCUUCCUGAACCGCUAUGUGCCCUUCGACGCUGCCGUGGACUUUCAUCGCUGGAUCGCCAUGGCUGCUGUUGUCCUGGCCAUUCUGCACAGUGCUGGCCAUGCGGUCAACGUCUACAUCUUCUCCGUCAGCCCCCUCAGCCUGCUGGCCUGCAUCUUCCCCAACGUCUUUGUGAAUGAUGGGUCCCAGCUUCCUCAGAAGUUCUACUGGUGGUUCUUCCAGACAGUCCCAGGUAUGACAGGGGUGCUUCUGCUCCUGGUCCUGGCCAUCAUGUACGUCUUCGCCUCCCACUACUUCCGGCGCCGCAGCUUCCGGGGCUUCUGGCUGACCCACCACCUCUACGUCCUGCUCUACGUCCUGCUCAUCAUCCAUGGCAGCUAUGCCCUGAUCCAGCUGCCCCGUUUCCACAUCUUCUUCCUGGUCCCAGCACUAAUCUAUGUGGGGGACAAGCUGGUGAGCCUGAGCCGGAAGAAGGUAGAGAUCAGUGUGUUGAAGGCGGAGCUGCUCCCUUCAGGCGUGACCCACCUGCAGUUCCAGCGGCCCCAGGGCUUUGAGUACAAGUCUGGGCAGUGGGUGCGGAUUGCCUGCCUGGCUCUGGGGACCAACGAGUACCACCCCUUCACACUGACUUCUGCGCCCCAUGAGGACGUGCUCAGCCUGCACAUCCGGGCGGCUGGGCCCUGGACCACUCGCCUCAGGGAGAUCUACUCACCUCCAACGGACGGCUGUGCCAGAUACCCGAAGCUGUACCUCGAUGGACCGUUUGGAGAGGGCCACCAGGAGUGGCAUAAGUUUGAGGUGUCAGUGCUGGUGGGAGGGGGCAUUGGGGUCACCCCCUUUGCCUCCAUCCUCAAAGACCUGGUCUUCAAGUCAUCUUUAGGCAGCCAAAUGCUGUGUAAAAAGAUCUACUUCAUCUGGGUGACACGGACCCAGAGGCAGUUUGAGUGGCUGGCUGACAUCAUCCGGGAGGUGGAGGAGAAUGACCAACAGGACCUGGUGUCUGUGCACAUCUACAUUACCCAGCUGGCUGAGAAGUUCGACCUCAGGACCACCAUGCUGUACAUCUGUGAGAGGCACUUCCAGAAGGUGUUGAACCAGAGUUUGUUCACGGGCCUGCGCUCCAUCACCCACUUUGGCCGACCCCCCUUUGAGCUCUUCUUCAACUCCCUACGGGAGGUUCACCCACAGGUACGGAAGUUUGGGGUAUUCAGCUGCGGCCCUCCAGGAAUGACCAAGAAUGUAGAGAAGGCCUGUCAACUCAUCAACAGACAGGACCAGGCCCACUUUGUGCAUCACUACGAGAACUUCUGAGUUCUCCCUGGCUCCUGCUUCCCCUCUUUGAACCAGCCCUGACAUCAGUUUCUCUGUCAGAAUCCACCUCAGCUGGAGAGCUGGACGAGCCUCUUCCUCAUUGCCCCAUAUGUUUCAUGCUCUAAGAAGGUAGAGGAGACCCCUCCAGCUCAAGUCACUGCAGGUUGUGACAGACGAAGUGGGAAAGGGACAGCUCCUGCCUUGUGACAAUUGUAGAAGUGAAGACAUACAAUAGCACUUGCCUCUGACUGGUCCCCGUUUCUCUUUUAGUAUCGCAAAAUUGAUGUAUUGCUUUGCUAUUUUCUUGGCCUUGGCACUUGAGGGAGGAUGGGGUAGGGAUACCUGAUGUGAAGAGAGAGCUGAGUGAAAAUCUCCUCAAAGCCCGGCUCAGCUGUGAUGCUAAGAACCUGGACAGCCCAACUGCCUCAGUUCAGUCUAUGAGGCCUUUUCCCUCCAGCUCCACGCUACCUCUUUCUGGUCCUAGAGGGUCAGGAAUCCUGAGGAAGAACCUGGGAACAAAGAUGCCUCCUCAGCCCUGAUGUUCCUGGUGUCAGCCAGUAAUGCCAGCUGUCCUGACCUCUUUGUGGGCCCUCUCUGAGCCCGCUGGAACAGUCCUGGGACUUUGGGACCAAAGGAGUCCAGUCUGUCUUCCACACAUCCCAAACUCCCUCUCAGUUCCCCAUUUGCACAGCAUUUGGGUGACCAGCAACCCUGAUUUUCCCAGGACUCUUCCACUUUUAGCACUGAAAGUCUUUUGUCCUAGGAAACUCCUCAGUCCCAGACAAAUCAGAACAGUUGGUCGCCUUACCCAGGAGCCAACCUGGGAUGUCACCUCCAUACUUGGCUUUUUAAGACCCUUCUUUUUCCUUCUUCAAUGGGCUUUUUCCUAAAAAGCUGAGCUUUAACGUUUUUUAGAUUUAGGUAUAAUUUGUACACAGCAGUGUAUAAAUCUUAAAGUUACCAUGUAUAUGAGUUAUCACUACAUUUCCAUCACCCCAGAAACUUCCCUUGUACGCACCCCUUUUAGUCAGUCUCCCUCAGCCCCUAGAAACAAUCUCGGCUGUGAUUUCUCUCACUCCAGAUUAGUUUUACUCAUACUGAAUGGACUCUUUUGAGACUGGCUUCUUUCGCACAGCACAAUGUCUAUGUGGUUCAUCCAUGUUGUUGGGUUUACCAGUAGUUUGUUCAUUUUUAUUGCUGAGUUGUGUUCCAUUGUACAGAUGUACCACAGUUCAUCCAUUCUUCUGUUGAUAGGUAUUUGGGUUGUUUUUAAUUUUUUACACUUAGUAAUAAAGCUGCU